UCAGUGUCUCGCUGGCUGUCGGCGGUGUUGGAGCGUUGUUCUGGUCCUUGGGCGGGACGCCGCGAACCCCGGUCUUUUGUCUGGGUUUGGCUCUCUGGUUCGGUCCGUGACCUUCCGGAGCUUUCCCGGGGCAUCCAGCAGAAGCCGAAAGGGCCGCCCCACCCCUCCCCUCCGUCCCCGAGUCCCGGAGGGCUCGAGCUCGGGUCACGCCCCUCAGCGCCCGCCUUUCCCCUUCUCAGUCGUUGCGUCCUCGUCGCGUCUCCGGAAUCAGACGGUGCCCCAUAGAUGGCCAGCUUUCCCUCGAGGGUCAACGAGAAAGAUAUCGUGAGAUUGCGUACCAUAGGUGAACUUUUAGCUCCAGCAGCUCCUUUUGACAAGAAAUGUGGUCGUGAAAAUUGGACUGUUGCUUUUGCUCCAGAUGGCUCAUACUUUGCAUGGUCACAAGGCUAUCGUACAGUAAAGCUUGUUCCCUGGUCCCAGUGCCUUAAGAACUUUCUCUUGCAUGGCACCAAGAAUGUUACUAACUCAAGCAGUUUAAGAUUGUCAAGACAAAACAGUGAUGGUGGUCAGAAAAAUAAGCCUCGUGAACAUACUAUAGACUGUGGAGACAUAGUUUGGAGUCUUGCUUUUGGGUCUUCAGUUCCAGAAAAACAGAGUCGCUGUGUAAAUAUAGAAUGGCAUCGAUUUCGGUUUGGACAAGAUCAGCUUCUCCUAGCCACAGGAUUGAACAAUGGCCGAAUCAAAAUCUGGGAUGUAUAUACAGGAAAACUCCUCCUUAAUUUGGUGGAUCAUACUGAAGUGGUCAGAGACUUAACUUUUGCUCCAGAUGGAAGCUUGAUUCUAGUAUCAGCUUCAAGAGACAAAACUCUCCGAGUUUGGGACCUGAAAGAUGAUGGAAACAUGAUGAAAGUGUUGAGGGGACAUCAGAACUGGGUGUGCAGCUGUGCAUUUUCUCCUGACUCUUCUAUGCUGUGUUCAGUGGGAGCCAGUAAAGCAGUUUUCCUUUGGAAUAUGGAUAAAUAUACCAUGAUACGAAAACUAGAAGGACAUCACCAUGAUGUGGUAGCUUGUGACUUUUCUCCUGAUGGAGCAUUACUGGCUACUGCAUCUUAUGAUACUCGCGUUUAUAUCUGGGACCCACAUAACGGGGACAUUCUGAUGGAACUUGGGCACCUGUUUCCCCCACCUACUCCAAUAUUUGCUGGAGGAGCAAAUGACCGCUGGGUACGAUCUGUAUCUUUUAGUCAUGAUGGACUUCAUAUUGCAAGCCUUGCUGAUGACAAAAUGGUGAGGUUCUGGAGGAUUGGUGAGGAUUGUCCAGUGCAUGUUGCAUCUUUGAGCAAUGGUCUUUGCUGUGCCUUUUCUACUGAUGGCAGUGUUUUAGCUGCUGGAACACAAGAUGGAAGUGUGUAUUUUUGGGCUACUCCAAAGCAAGUCCCUAGCCUUCAGCAUUUGUGUCGCAUGUCCAUCCGCAGAGUGAUGCCCACUCAAGAAGUCCAGGAGCUGCCAAUUCCUUCCAAAGUUUUGGAGUAUCUCUCCUAUCGUAUUUAAAAGACAGCCUUCCCUACUUGUAGGGACUGACAGAAUACAUUUUACACAAACCUCAAGCUUUACUUACUUCUGUGUCUGGUAUUAAAAGUUUAAAAGAUUUAUUUAAUUUGAUACAUUCUUCUGCAUUUUCAUUAGUUGAACUUUUAAAAAAUGUUAUUUAUAGACCAUAGAAAUAUUUCUGGACAUAUCAAAUGUAAUUUUUAAGACUGUGAAAACAUACACAUAUAUGUAUAUACUUAGACACAAGCUGCUAUGUGUUGAAUAGAUCCUUUUGCUUUUUUGAGUUCUGACCUGUAUAUAUUGCUUCAGUGGAGCCACGAUAUGCUGUCUUUUUAAAAUUUGGACACUGAGAUGAUAAUAUCGACUUAAUAAAAAGCUGAAUGACUUCAUAUAAAAUGAAUUGGGGGGGUCAAACUGGCAAUUGGGACACAGUUAUUAUAUAUGGGGAAAGGACUUUGUUUCCUUUAGGAAUAGUGUGUCACAGUAGAAUUCAGAUGCAUUUCCCCCCCUUUUUUAUGCUAGGAUAUACUAGAGAAAGGGUAUCUUUUCCCCCCACCCUGUCCCCAGUACUGUGGGCUUUAAUCUUAGAAAGCAGCUUACUUACCCUCCUUACCCCUUAUAAAGUAUUACACUUUUUUUUUUUUUGUCAAUUUGAAGAAUAUGCCUACUGUAUUACUGCUAAAUACUUUGUUUAUAUUAAGGGACAAUUAUUUUAAGAACAUCGUCUCUUUUGUUAUAACACUCAGAAAAUGAUAUUGGUAACUGGCCAAAGAGAAGCAAUAUCAAUAUUUGCAAUAGUGAUACUUGCCUUCUGUUAUUUAUCAUAUCUGCAGAUAUUAAGAAUGUAUACAUUAUGUAAAAUGCUUGAUUACAUAUUUGGGGUUUUUUAUUAAAGAUUUGUAAACACCA